GUGAGGCUAAGGCUGCGCUUCCUGGUUUGGUGGGCUGGCGCCCUUGGUCCUGCUUGUUUAUGAGGCUUCUUCUCUGGACUCUGGCGACCCAACAGGUUCCCAGUGAGCUUCCCUUCCUUCCAUCUCCCUUGGGCACUAUGGGAUCUGUGUUUCUGGAAACAAUGACCGAUAAAACAGAGAGAGUGGCUGGUGAUCCUGAAACCGUAUUUAAACGUCCCAGGGAAUGUGAUAGUCCUUCUUAUCAGAAAAGGCAGAAGAUGGCCCUGUUGGCAAGGAAACAAGGAGCUGGAGAUGGCCUUAUUGGAGGCUCUGCCAUGUCCAAAGAAAAGAAGCUUAAGGUAGGAGAUGGUAUUCCACUGAGCCAAUGUUAUUGGAUUGAUGAGUUCAUCGGCUUCAGCAAAGAUGGGCUGAUGCAGAAACGUGAUAGAAAUGCAACUGUAGGAGGAAUCAUUACCAGCAAUUUCUCUGCAGAUGACCUAAAAGUCACAGAAAUACUCCUCUUUCCAAAAAGCCAAGAAAAAAUUAAUUCUGAUAUAAAAUGUCAGUUAAUGAAGGAAAUUCAACACUUUGGACAAAUAUAUGAAAAAAUCUUCAAGUUGCUUGAUGGACUGCAAGGACCUAUAGAAGUCAAGAAACAAGUUUUUGAAUCCAUCAUCAAGGAAGCAGCAAGGUAUAUGAGAGGAGACUUAAUUCCACACCUUGAGAAGAAACUGGAAGAAAUGACGUCUGGCUACUUGUCCAAGAAGGAACAUCAGACCCUAAAUGCAUAAUCUCUUUAAUGAUUGAGGAGAAAAGAGGAUCAAAUUGCUGUUUUCUACAAUAGAGUAGGAUAUGGCUGAAGCCUCCUAGCAUGUGUUAGUGAAUAAAAUGGCCUUCCAGAGGCUAAGAAAUUUCUGUCAGUAAAAGUUGGUCUUUUUCCCUAAGCAUUUCAUUUGAAAGGAUAACUUGUUUGCUGGUUGGUUAAUUUUCCCACCUGUGCUGGCAGACAUGAUUAACCCAUCAGGUAAAUACUAUUACAGUCGUGGUUUCUGCAGCAGCCCACAUUGUUGUAGCUGGUAUUUAUAACUGCCUUCUUUCACUCCCCAUUUCUGAUUCCCUUUGCCUUGAGAUGGCAUGUCAGCUGCUCAUGGUGCUUGGUCUGGCAGGAUGACUCAAACCUUCAUUACUGAACAGUCUGAACCAUUAGAUGUCCUGCCUAGAUGGCGUUGCUGUAAUUUUUCAUUAACUCUGAUCAUAAAACACAGGAGUACUAAGAAGCUCUCUAGAUAUGUCAGGCAUAGUGUUCCUUAGCCCCUGGUCUAGUAGGAACCCAAUAUCCGUGUUUUUUGUUUGUUUGUUUUUGUUUUUUACUUUCCAUCAGCCGAGCCAGUAGUGGAUCCCCUCA